CAGACACACCAGGGCCCCUGCCCUAACCAGUUCAAGUGUAUUUGUUUCAGAGACAGAGGAGGUAGCAUUUAAAGGAUUUUGCCACCAUCAACAAAAAAAGGGCAACAGAGGUUGUCCAUUUCUCUUUUGCCUCUUAACAUCUCUCCCUCCCUCUCCACUCUCUCACUCCCUCUUUCCCCAGAGGAUAAGCAAAGAGGGAUUUGCCUCAGAAGCAACAAGUGUUUAUCUCCUUCCUGCAUAGUCACAGCGUGUGUCAGGAUGUACAGCUUUAUGGGCGGCGGCCUGUUCUGUGCCAUUGUGGGGAACAUCCUAAUAGUGGUCUCCACGGCAACAGAUUAUUGGAUGCAGUAUCGCCUCUCAGGCAGCUAUGCCCAUCAGGGCCUGUGGAGGUACUGCAUGGCCAACAAGUGCUACAUGCAGACAGCAAGUAUAGGCGCUCCAAAGUGGUCUAAUAAGAUGGCAUCUGAGAUUGCAGGAGCUGCACUGUGGUUAGUUCAAGCAUAUUGGAAUGCCACACGGGCAUUCAUGAUCCUCUCAGGAAUGGCGUGCUUUGCGGGCAUCAUGGCAGGCAUCCUCUCGUUUGCCCAUUUUUCUGCCUUUGAGAGAUUCAAUCGUUCCUUUGCUGCAGGAAUAAUGUUUUUCAUCUCCACUCUGUUUGUGCUGCUGGCUAUGGCGAUCUACACUGGCGUAACCCUAAGCUUCCUGGGCAAGCGUUUCGGAGACUGGCGCUUCUCCUGGUCCUACAUACUAGGAUGGGUGGCCAUGCUCAUGACCUUCUUUGCAGGGAUAUUCUACAUGUGUGCUCACAGAAUGUAUGAAUCCAGGAGAGUGGUUGGAAGUCGCUAACCUGAAGCAAUUAAAAACU